CCCCCAACCCCCUCGUCCCCGUCCUUUUGCCGGACCGGCCGCCGAAGCUUCCCAACAUGCGGACGGCGGCUAUUCUUUGCGCGCUUUGCCUGUGUGCGUCGAACGCGGCUUCCUCCGCGAAGAUCUGCGCUUUCAACGUUCAGAGCUUCGGAGAAGCCAAGGCCAGCAACCGGAAAGUUAUGGGGGUUCUACUGAAGAUUCUCUCCCGGUGCGACGUGUGCCUCGUUCAGGAGGUCCGCGACUCCAAAGGACGAGCGAUGCGAGCCUUGGUGAAGGAUCUGAACAGGUUUGACAAAUCCAACGCGUACUCGUACGUAGAAAGCGAAAGGUUGGGGAGGAAAAGCUACAAGGAGCAGUACGUCUACAUUUACAGAAACGACGUGCUGACGGUGAAGGACCAGUAUCAGUACCCGAAACGGGAGGCGCGGGGGACCAACGACACGGAUUCGCUCUUCUCCAGAGAACCUUUCGUCGUUCGCUUUCACUCGCCGACCACACUGAUGAAGGAUCUCGUCCUCAUCGGGCAGCACACCAGUCCCAAAAGUGCCAUGAAGGAGAUGGACGAGCUCUAUGUUGUGUUCAAAGAGAUUUCCAGGAAGUGGAAGACGCAGAACGCGAUGAUCCUGGGCGACCUGAACGCCGCCUGCGGGUACGUCACCGUCAAGGGUUGGCGGGCGGUUCGGCUGAGAAGCGACCCGAAAUUUCGGUGGCUGAUCGGAGACGAGCAGGACACGACCGUUCGGGAGAAGACCCGCUGUGCGUACGACAGGAUCAUCGUCCACGGACGUGAGAUCAUAUCCACCGUCGUGCCCGGCUCUGCUCAGCCGUUCAAUUUUAAAGAAAAUUUCCAUCUGACUGAGGAUGAGGCCCUCGCGGUGAGCGACCAUUUCCCCGUCGAGGUGGACCUGAAGCCGAACCACCGUUACCUCCUGCGAAGUGAGCUGUAGAUCGAAUCGGCUCGAAUUUUAUUUUAAUUUUUUAGCUUUUUAAUUGAUUAAAAAAAUCUCUGAAUCUGCCCUGACAAGUGCUGUUUUAUUAAAAUUAUCUGAUUAUUUUCCAUCUAUCUAUCUAUCAAACAAUAAUCAUGUUACACCAUUAUAAAAAUACAUUCUGCUCAUUUACAUAAUAUUGUGCCAGUCUAAAAUAUCUACCUGUCUAUCUAUCCAU